AUGGCACAGUCCAUUAUGGCGUCACGACCACAAUCAGAGAAACGCCCCAUUGAGAUAAACAAAACGAAAGGUUCCAACAUAUUAGUGGGAUUGGCAGUCUGGUGUUCGAGUUGGUGUGACAAAUAUAUCUAUGUAUUGUGGGUUCGAGCUUUUUUUCCUCCGAAAGUGAGACUUGUAAAGAUUUGGGAGAAAAUGAAUUUUAUUGGAAGCCUGCUGAUACUGCUGACGCUAUCGGCGACUCGGGCGAUGACCGGGCAACGUCAGCAAGAAGCCUCGUCCUUCGUCAGGGAGGUUUUCCCCAAGUGCGCCAACAUCUCAGACGCCGAGAACAUGGAUCACCCCGCGCCCGAUUUCGUCGAGGCUCUGCAAGGCUCUUUCACUCUCAUCCUCGAAAUGACCAUGAUGAAAAAGAAAAUGACUUAUUACGUGGAAGAGGUUAGAGACCGGUUUGAGUUCGGUGGGGAAGUUACAGACAACGGUGCGGUGUACCUGCGGCAAAACGGUACCGAGACCACGUACCACUACUAUCCUUCAUCUGGCAUGAUGGUGGAGGAACAGGACGGCCAGUGCAGACAAACGGGGACAGACGUUCCGCCUUUCAAUCCCUGGGGUUGGUGGGACCCAGACCCGACGCACGGCGCUAUGCUCUACGGGCCGUCCGCACUCAUCCGCAGAGCUCAUUUCAUCAACAAGAGGUACCUCGGGGGCCACAGGGAAAUCAACGGCGUGAUGUGUGAACGCUGGCUGGCUUGCGAAGCUCAGCAGUCAAUCAUGCUUUAUUACUAUUUUUCAGAGAGGCCGUGGCAGAUGCCGGAGGCCCCUUUCUUCAGCGACGGAGGCGGGAGGUUUCCAGUGCAGAUUGAGGUGGAGUUCAUGGACGGGUCGGAGAGGGUGCAGUACAACGUGCAGAGUUUUGUGCCCUUCGUGAAAAACCCGGCCUUGACUGAGACCCCCCGCGGCAAGGCGUGCGAGGGCUUGGUGGGCGUGGCUGGCAGCGGUCACGUGCCGAGGGUGCCUGACCACUUCACCUUCUCCCAGGAGGCCGUCAGCAACCCGCAGAUCGAUGGGGUCAACUUCGGGUCACAGAGCCUUGAGAGAUUUCAGGUGACGUACAGCGAAGUUCUAUCCAUGAGUCGCCUGGAUUACCCAUACUCCACGAACAGGUUGAAAAUUAUUCAUGAUUUCAAUACAGGUGUCCAGUAUGUGAUCGAUCGCGUCAGUGGCCACUGUAAUAGAUCGUGGAUACCUGAAAUCACCUUUGAUUCCGAUAUGAACGCCAUGCUGGGCCCGAAUCAGCUGUUUCACCUGGACGAUUCCUUUGCCUUGGUCGGUCUGCGGGAGACGCGAGGUUCUGUGGCCGAUCUGUGGACGUCGACGAGGAGUGUUGGCCGACGUGACGGGAGGCUCAGAGAUUUCGAAAGUGUUUUUGAGUAUUAUUUUUUAGUUAGGGACCAAGAGGAAACCCCAGAGGGCAAAGAGGAAAUUAACGUUCCUCUGAGAAGCGAUAUCUUCGUGUACAACAAUUCUGAAUCCAGUCAGGUCGUUGCUAUGAUGACGGCAAACAUCUACGACUUCUCUGUCAUAAGGCUUUACACGGAAAUGGAGUUCAGUGUCGAAGAAUGCUUUGAGAAGAACGACGCUGAUUGGUCGUACUUGGUGAUUGCUUUUCCUUCGAGUCAAGGUUCCGUGACUGACCUGGUGAUGAAGAACAUAGAUGAAUUUCGCGACCAGGUCUUCGCCCUCGUAGCGCACAAGGGCAGCCUCUCUCCCACGCGCAUCGCCUCCGUCGACGUGUCCGAAGGGAAGGCUGGCGAGAUCGGCAUUUCGGAUUCCAUCAUCGCUUCCGUCAAACUGCUCGAUCGCGCUCCUUAUAUAUUCUCGUUCAAGCCUAUGUUUGACGAACCUCACACUGUGCCCGGAGAAAAUGAAAAGUCGUUUGAGGAUAUUAAAACUACUGAAGAUUGUGCUGAACUUUGUUCCCUUGAAAAGGGUUUCCAUUGCAGGUCAUUCCACCACUGCGACGACCACGUGUGUUUCCUAAGCCCGACGGAGGAGUCAGAUGGAAAGCCAGUGAUCACGACCAACAACUGUUCCCACUGGCUGGAAUUCGCCACCAACAGGUCGUUCGUGGAUCUGCCUACGACCCAAGCCUAUGACGAGAUCCUGCAGGCCAUUCGGCAUGAUGAGUUCACUGUCGUCAUUUUGGAUAAGGGAACCGAAGUACAGCUGGGGGCGUCCGAGGCGAUCCUAUAUCGAAGUCCGGACCCACUGGGAGGUGUGAAGAGACAGUUCAAUCUCGCUGCUCGUAGGACCUCCCUUAAACAUCCCGAUGAUAGUGUUGAGAAGAUCGCAGCUCUAGAGGAGUGCAUGACCCUGUGCGUGACCUGGCGAGCCUACCGCUGUGAGACCUUCGCCUACCACUUUGACGACCACCGGUGCCUCCUCAGUGCCUCCCACAGCGACGACCUGAAUUCUACCAUGACCACUGCAAGGAGUCACGCGGACCUUUAUGAUCGAACCUACCUCAGUGAAUACAAAGUGGUGCUUGGUGGAGUGGCUCUCAAUGGCACUGGUGUCGUUAUUCCCAAUGUCAAUCACCUAGACACUUGUGCCAGGCACUGCUCGCAGGACACCUCAGUAUCCUGCAGGAGCUUCGAAUGGUGUCACGACGAACGCUUGUGUCGCCUCCACGAAGAAUAUUUCCUUGACGUGGCUGAAGGAGGGGACUACGAGACCCAUACUUCCUGUAUCCACUUCUCUAAAAAUGCGGCAGAGACAUUUUCGCAACACCCUCACCAGGGCCUUCAGAAAGACUUGCACCGUUUUGUGGCCUCAGAUUCCGAUGCUUCUGCGUGUGCUAAACUAUGCUUGGGCUCGACAGGCGAAGUGUGCGAGAGUUUUGACUUCUGUUCGACCUGCGGGGAGGAAGACCAAGGGGUGUGUGGCCACGACUUCGAGAAGAUGCAAAAUAUCUGUUUCUAGUCAAUAAC